UUUGCUAAGAAAAGUGCAGCUCCACCCUGGAGAAACCACAAUCCGGGGCAAGCAGCGGCCUUUGAGCAGCCAGGUUAAUGUUUGCAGGGCGUAGGUGACGCUGAAGUUUGUGCAAGGGAAUGUGAGCCACUAGCGAAAGCCCCAAGGCGCCUGCUUCCUUAUGAGGAGUCGCACAACCCACCAGCCCACUCCUCUGGCCUGGGCAGGCGGCCCAAUGAGGUGGGGGUAGGGGACAUCCAGGAGCCACGACAGGUCCCCAGGGACGCUGGCCUGGUGAGUCUGCCUUCGUGGCUGAGUGUGUGGGAGCCAAGUCCUUCCUUCAGUGUCUCAUCUUGUGGGCAUGGCCAGCUUGAGCUGUCGGGGAGCCCUGCUGACCUCUCUCCUCCUCCUGUACCCACUCCUUUGUGCUGCCUGCCCAGCUGUUUGCAGCUGCUCCUCAGGGGAAGUGGACUGCCGUGACCAUGCCUUACAUUUUGUGCCCAGUGGCCUGCCCACCAACGCCAGUGCAGUGCUGCUGGGCUAUAACCGCAUCGCCGGGCUCAAGGCUCACACCUUCCUGCAGCAGGUGUCCUUGCUGUACCUCAGUCUGCAUGACAACGUGCUGGUGAGCAUCCACAGCCAAGCACUCGCAGGGCUUGGGGUGCUGCAGGAGCUGGACCUGAGCAACAACUACCUCGUGGUGCUCACAGCAGAAACCUUCCUGCCACUGUCCAGCCUCACAACACUCAAUGUGGGCAACAACCAGCUGGCCCAGUUGACCCCAGAUGUGCCGCGCACCUUGCCCCGACUCCAGGCUCUGUUUCUGCACAACAAUGCUCUACGGUUCCUGGACACUGGCUUCUUUGAGAACCUGCCUGCUGUACACUUGCUGACACUUGGGGGCAACCCCUGGGCAUGCAGCUGUGCCAUCUGGCCCCUCUUCUUCUGGCUCACCCACAACAGGGACAAGAUCCAAGAGGUGAAUCUGACCCUGUGCCGUUUCCCAGAGCUGCUCAACCAGUUUCCCAUUGCAGCCCUUGACAACGCCUCCUUCAGCCGCUGCCAGGAGAGCCCACUACAUCCACACAACUAUACUUUCUUCCUGCUUAUUGGCCCAGCUUCCUUCCUAGGCAGCAUCAUCAUCUGCAUCCUCACUGGCUGCCUGGUUGUGGCCUGCAAUAAGCUGAGCAAAGACCCCUACCCCCGGCAAAGAGCCCUGCGACCCAGGAUGACGCCGCCCCAGCAGUAGCUCUGGGAUGGGGCAGGGAAGAGCUGCGGUGAUACAAGACACUGGGCAGGGCAGGGACAUGCCAGGCUGGCACCAGCUUGCAGCCAGGGCAGGGAAGUGCCUCUAGCCCUGGGAGGGAUGAAGUGCCAGUGCCCCAGGGUUUAUGAGCUGUGCUUCUCAUGCUGUGGGGCCUUCCCUUCUCUCCCUCCUCAGGCAGGAGCCCUGUUCACAUCCUCUAGCUGCCACCAAGAGCCAGGGAAAUGACAGACCUUGGUGUUCAACUGGGCAGUGCCCAGUCCAUCCGUGGGCUUGAUUUAGCCAGUGAUCCCAAUCUGCUGUCCAGGGCAGAUGCAGUGGAGCCCCAUCCAAGCAUGUGGAGGGAGGUGGAGGGGAGCUUGGCCCUGAUCCAAUCCUAAC